AUGACACCGGCCACGGUGGCCGCGGAAGCGCGGUCCAUGAUCGGGCGCGGAAUUCCCCGGCGCGCGCGGCUGAUGAUGAAGAACCCUCAGAUCCGCGCGCACUCGAAGUCGAUGGAUUAUCAGCAGAUGCAAGUCGCCGCUUCUGUGGGGCUUUCCGUGAAAGAUCUCACGUACAGCUACAAGUACGCGAUGAACGGCUUCGCGGCAAUGCUGGCGCCCUGGCAGGUGCGGAAGCUGCGGCGUCACGCGGCCGUGGCGUCGGUGGUUGAGAGCCGCCAGUUACAGAAGAUGACUACAGACUCGCCAAAGUUCCUAAACAUGGAUUCGGGAAUAUGGGGCCUCUCUGACACCGGCCCGUCAAUCACGGGUGACAACAUGGUCAUUGGAAUGAUUGACUCCGGCAUCUGGCCGGAGCACCCGUCCUUCGAUGACACGGAUUUCGACUCCACAAGGCCAGCGGGAUGGUCGGGCACGUGCGGCGCGACAAAAGAAUUCAAGUGCAACGACAAGAUCAUCGGCGCGCGUGUCUUUUACCAGGGGGCCGUAAAGGCGUACGGCAACCCGGACUUCUCCGCUGACUGGGACUCGCCUCGCGACUCAGAUGGACACGGCACCUGGUGUGCCGGAGUCGCGGCUGGCAAUAUGGACGUGUCCCUGGCGGGCGGCAAGGCGAGCGGCAUGGCGCCUACUGCCAGGCUGGCGAUCUACAAGGUGGCGUGGAUGUAUAACAACAAAUUGACUACCGUUCUGGAUGACGUACUUGCGGCCGUAGACCAAGCAAUCAAGGAUGGCGUGGAUGUGAUCUCGCUUACAUUGGGCGGUACCAAUCCCUCGGAGACUUAUUUUGACGACCUCCCGUACCUCUUUGCGAACAUCGCGGGGGUUGUCACAGUAGCAGCUGCGGGCAACAGUGGAUCUCCUUCCCUCAGGAACACGGACACGAAAUUCAGGACCAUUUCCAACUUCUCGCCUUUCUACCUCACUGUUGGAGCAAGGUGA